AUGACAACAGCCAACGCUUUGGAUUAUUGCUUUAAAUUAAUUGUUAUCGGAGACUCUGGUGCAGGAAAGUCAUGUGUCAUGCGAAGAUAUUUAGAAGCAAAUUUCUAUGAAGACCAAACACACACCAUCGGAGUUGAAUUUGGAUCAAAAAAUGUGAUUUGCGGAGGAAAACGAAUUAAACUUCAAAUUUGGGAUACUGCAGGUCAAGAAAGAUAUAGAAGUGUUGUGAGAAGUUAUUAUAGAGAUGCAAUUGGUGCCAUUGUUGUUUAUGAUAUAACCAAUGAAGAAUCAUUUAAAAAUGUGAAACGAUGGAUUGAGGAUGCACGUGAAUUGAGUGAUGAUAAUGUUACUUGCAUUAUAGUUGGAAAUAAAAAAGAUAAAGAAGAUGAAAGAAAGGUUAAUUUCAUGAGAGGAUCUCAAUUGGCACAUGAUAUGGAUGCUGCAUUUUUUGAAGCUUCUGCAGUGACAGGAGAUGGAGUUUCUGAUGUUUUUAACAAAUUGACAAAACUAAUUUUGACCAAAGUAGAGAAUAAUGAUUUAAAGCCAAAAGCUAAGGAAUCAAUAAUAAUACCAGGAGUGACAAAAACGCCAGAAAAUUCAGCAAGUGAGGAAGCAGGAGCAGAUCAGAGUUGGAGUUCUUACUGUCAAUGUUAA